UAUAAUAGCAGAUUUUUUAUUUAUUGUUACAGAGUCAUGUAGUAAGCUCCAAAUUAGCCUGUGUAUGUUACUAUCUUCUGAUCUUUACAAUUUAUUUUAUUGAAGAUGAUCAAGUAUGGAAUAGCAUCUACCCUCCUUGUAAUUGGACUCAUUGUUGCUAUAGCUACUGUUAUAGGGUCAAUUUUCACUACAGGAAUUCAAGCUACAGUCCAGGAAUGUAUAUUUGGCGGUAGUCUAUGCUACUACUUGCUUCUUAUACCAUUGACAGUUCCUGUUAGUGGGUUUUGCUGGCUGUUAAGGUGGUGGGGACUUAUGUUCUUCAAGCACAAUUGAAUUACAACGGUGUAUAAUUUUCAACUCACAAUGAAAGUUGGAAACUCUUUGCGCGCUCGAGUGUCGACUACUAAACUAUUUGGAGCUAUGUUUCUGACAUGCACUUUUGUGUGCUGCAUUUUUUUACUUAUUGAUGUAGUUCCGGAACAAAUCUUGCACGACGUCAAAGCUUUUUUAUAUUAUAUUAUCGGUUUUCCCACUGAUAUGACAGUAUAUCUUAGUAAACGUUAUCACGUGCUACAAUAUUCUCAGAUAGAUUGGAAGUAUCUUAUCAACAAUCCACAAAGAUGUGAAAAUGAUUCACCUUUUGUUAUUAUUUUUGUAAAAACUCAUCCAAAUCAUUUUGAAGAACGAGAUAUUAUAAGACGGACAUGGGGAAAUACAAGUGUUUGGACUAAAUCUAAUGAUAUCAAUAAAGCUUCAAUUAUGUUUGUAUUGGGUCUUAGUAAAACACAUACUCCUGCCCUACAAGCUUCACUAGAGAAAGAAAAUAUGAAAUAUAAUGAUUUAAUUCAAGAAAAUUUUGUAGAGGAUUUUCACAACCUAACGAUCAAACUUAUUAGCCAUCUAAAAUGGCCGAUCAAAUAUUGUCCGAAUGCCAGAUACUGGAUGACAACGGAUGAUGAUGUUUUUGUUCAUGUCAGAAAUUUAUUAUUAUUUUUGCAAUAUUCUAAAAGAACACUCUUAUAUACUGGAAAAGUUCAUGCUGGAUCACCACGAAAUACACAACAGCAAAGUAAAUAUUUUGUCCCUUAUUCUGUUUAUCGAGGCACUUAUUAUCCAAGCUAUUGCCCUGGUGCAGGGUAUGUAUUAUCAAUGGAUAUUGUUAAAAAAUUACACGCUGAGGCUGAACUCACACCAAUGCUGUAUAUAGAUGAUGCAUACACGGGAAUAUUGGCAAGAUCUGUCGGUGUAUCUCCCGAACAUUAUAAUAUGUUUCUGGGUGAAAAUAUGCUUUCAACUGAUCUAUGUACAAUGUCAAUGUUUCUUACUUCCCAUGGCCACAAAGGGCAUGAAAUGGUUUCCUUAUUUCAAAAAGUCAUCUCAUUACUGAACUUAGAUCCGAAUGUUUUGUGCUGGGAUAAGAUUUUUUCUUGGAUUCAUCCUCAAGACUUGGUCUAUUUUUAACAUAUUUUUUGACCAAAUUAAAAGUUCAAAAAUGUUGUGUUCAUGAUGCCACACCACUUGGUUGGCAGAAUAAAUUAGAUCAAGUAUAAUAUUGCCAUUUCUUGCCCACAAAAUAUUGUAAUCAAACUUUGACAUUUUCUGUUUUUAUUUAAUGAAUAUUUAUCUAAUGAACAAUGGCAUCGUUGCUCAGCUUGCCCAUGCUUAUGCACUUCAUGUUCAUUUAGUUGUGUGAAGUUCAGUAUAGCUCAUACCAGAUUGUGAAUUUGUCAGAGUUUGGUAUUGUUUAUCUGAUUAUUUCUGGUAAAAUUUGAAUUGAAUUCAGGUGUCUAGCUAGUUUUUAAUAGAUAUUGAUUUUCUUUUGUGUAUGAGAAUUGGGAAUUAAUUCAUUCAUGUGCUCUUUUAUUUAUGUUCCAUUUUGUUAAAUGUUGAAGUUCAAUUUUUGAUUCUCAAUUAAUCAUAUUAUGUACUGUGUCUGCAAUUAAAACUGUGUUUUGAUUAAGUUUUCUAAUAUCUUGACACCUAUAUAGUAUGUUUGAUAUCACAACUGUUCAACCUUUUUGUUCCGGUUAGUAAUUAAAAUAAACACAAUGAACCUCUGCUUUGUAUAACAUAAUAUCAGAUUCUACUGUAACACUUGAUAUUAUUGAAACUAGCUUUUAUUGACAUUCUUAUUCAAUUUUCUAAGGAUUUAUUUUGUGAUCAUUUUUAUAAAAGGUUUGUUUGCUGACCACAGGUUGUGAAAUGAAGCUCUUCCAAUCUCUUUAUUGAUUAUUCCAUUCUUUGAUAAUUUUCAAACUGAACGUGGAAAAUAUAAUCUCCUGAAAAAAUUCCUUCUAUUUAUAUUGCAGUACAAUAUAAAUAAUAUACACUGCUUGUUUUGUGUGUAAUCAGACAGAUUAAUAAUUGCAAAAGAAACUUAUUAUUUAUUAAUUUCAUCAAUUCAGUAAUGUUAUAUCAUGAAUGAGGACUAUAUUUGUUUCAAAUCUUUUUGUGGAAUAGUAGUUUUUACAAAUAUGUGAAUUCUGUUUACCUUGUAAUUCAGGAAUAUUCAGAAUGAUCCAGUUUAAGUUGAAAUAGUAAUUAUUUGAACAAGUGAAUUUUACAAUAUCCAUAAAAAAUGCUCUAUUUGAUUUUGAAACCUAAAAAAGAGAACCUAGCAAUUUAUUGUUUGUCUUAACUUUCCCGCAUUUUCCAAUUCAAAUUAUGUUUGAACGCUAUUUGCAGUCCAAAUGCAGUCUGAAUUUCACAAAAUUGUGGAAUUCAAUCUUUUUUACCAUUUAUCGACUUGAACAAAGUUCAGUCCCGAACAAAUAUAUUCGGAACAUUAAUUUAUUUGACUUUGGACAUCCCUACAUACGAGUUAGUUGUUGAAAUGCAGAGGAAUCUUGAACUUCUUUAAUUGUCAAUGUGCUUGUUGUUUUUCAUCAAGUUUACAGUUUGGUCCUUUCAAAACUAAUGUCUCAGAAAAUUUUUUUACUCUUUCCAAAAAUUUGAGGAUUUGCGUCAAAUCAAAAUAUUAUUUGAUUUUGCUUGUGUAUAAACAACUAACUAUUUGUCCACAAUUUGUGCUAUAGUGUUGUUGUUUAUUUCUUGAAACUAGUGUAUGCCACGAAAGAGAUUGGAAUUUUUUCUAAUAUUUAAUAUUGCUAUAUGAAAAAUUACCAUGACUUGUUCUUUUUGUUUACCACCUGAUUUUUUGCGGACUAGUUUAUGAAUAUAGCUCUGAAAAAUGAAUUUCAAAAAGCUUUGUAAAUUAUAUACUAAAAGAAUGCUUUAUUUGUUAAUUUAAUAACCUAUGUGAUAUGUUAAAUCUCUAUCUAGAGCAGGCCUGCCCAACCUUUUUCGUCCCGCGGGCCACUUUCACAUGACGAAAUUCGUUGCCGGCCAAACGUUUGUACCAAACUUUCAAGCAAGACAUUCAAACAAGUUUUAAUAUUAAUAGACCCAGAGUGCAAAAUCAAUUCAAUUUCUCUUUUCUAAUUAUUCACUGAAAUCCAUGAAAUAUUACCUCUUUUCUUUUUAAGCAGGCGUACUACAGGCUCUGCAUUGCAAUGCGAUUCUUUUGCUUAGAAAGACUAGAUUCAAAUGUUUUGAAUAUGAAUGCAAUUUCGAGUAUUUCGCAAUCCUGUAGUAGUCAAUAAUUGAUGUCCAAUUCAAUACAAUAACAGAUGCAAAAUUAUGUUUAAAGUUUAGAAGUGAAACUAAUAGAAUCACAUACACACAUGAAUGAUUCACAUGAUUCAUUUUCCGAUUACUUUUGUUAGUUAACCCUAUUACACAACACUAGCAUUAUUUUAAGAGUUGAUGAGCCAUGUAAUCAAUUAAUGAAACUUGUGUAAUCCAAAAUUCUUUAGUCAAUCAUGAGACAUAGUGACAAAUUGUCAUUAGGUUUCUUAUCUAUUUACACAUGCUUGCUCUUUGAUAUUUACUGUGUGAUGUACUUGAUGUUUUUUCAUGUUGUAGA